AAAGUUAUUGACCUUGACAUUAUUUUUUGAGUGUUUCUAUGGUGUGUUUACAUUCUGCUUGUGUAUGUUUUAUAGUGUUUUCUGAAAUUUUAUUUCUGUCAUUUCCUUAGGGCAGAGUACUUGGGCUUUAUAUAAUUUGAUCAUUAAUGUUGGGUACGUGAGAAUGUAAAGUGUUAAGUUGUAUUUGUUGACUGACUCAUAUUAUUGGUUUCAAUAUUAUCGUUAUCGCAAUGUGCGAUUUGAUUAAUUAUAAUUGGGCGUAGCCUUGGAAAGGUUUUCCCUUUGUUUUCAAUUAGUGGCAGCAAGCAGAGACAAGAAAGUUUGUUUUUCUCUGAAUAUGGACGCAAUGGCGAAGUCACCAGCAAAGGUUACACUCAGGCAACUUACUUUAAGUGAAGUAUUCCUAAAACGGAAAAGCUCUAUUAAACUGGAAAAACCUACGCUGUUAAACGAGAUUAGUUUCGAGAUUUCGAGCAGUGAUUCGGAGCCAGAAUCUACAUGCAAUAAUGGCGAGGGCGUUCCAGAACCAACCAAAACUAGUCGCCCAAUACAUGAAUCGAAACGAAAACAGUCGUGCUCUACACCGACUAGUUCCAAGAAACGGAAUAACAUAAUAAUAAAACAAGACGUAUGUAUAACACCAAAGAUAGUUUCUAACCAGACUUCGAUGAGAAAAAGUCCUAUAUCCAGCCCUUCUAAAAAUAAUUCAGUAAAACAACUAAAGGCGAAAGAAGGCAAACAAUUACAAGUCAAACAGCUUAAGGCAUUCAUGGAUUUAUUCGAAAGAGUUGAGAAAAAUAUGCAUUUGAGGAAUUUACUACAAAACUGUUCGGUUUUGAACCGUUUUAAAACGUUGACUACCGAACAACAAUAUGUAGUUAUGAAGUUGUUCGUUUGGAAGAAGCAAUGGUACAACAUAUACAAAUUUUGCAACAAAGCCAAAAUCGAAUUCGAUGAGAAUUUAGACAAACUUCAUUUAUUUAGCAAUCUUCAAAGUGCAGGUUUUCUCGAUAGUGCAACUAUUUUUCUCUUUUACGCAGAGUACUUGUCUGACGACUUAAAUGAAUUGUUGAACCAAAUGGAUGUGAGUCAGAUCAAAGAAAUAAUGAACCAACUCCGAAUAAUUCCCGUUGCAAGGAAAAAAAUGCAACUGAUUGCAACUGUUCUUACAGCAACUAGACGACAAUCCACAAUCGGUGUUAAAACACUAAAGGACAGAGUUCUAUCCGAAAUACAUAAGAAAUUAGGAGACGCUUAUCAAAUUCGGCCUGAUAUUUGUGACGCAUUCAAUAAAUUAUAUGUGUUGGCCACAUUCACUGAAUUUUAUUCAGAUAUCCAGGAUUACUUUCGACGUUUUGACUUGAUUUUUCCGACAGCACCCAUAGAGUCCUAUCCGGUUUUUCAUUCUAUAUUAAGCUUUGAAAGAUACGCCGAAGCUCUAAAGAUUAAAACAGACUUAGAGAGUCAUUUGGUUGGAUAUCACAAAAAUAAUAAAAUAUCAGUAAUAUACAGUAUUGCAACAGAUGCGUAUGCAAAGCUUCGUGAUGUGUCUAUGCGCAAUGAGCCCGUACAUGAAUCUGCUCCUCAUCUGAAUAAAUUCACUUCCAAGUACGUCUAUUGCAAAAUAUUGUCGGAUUGUUGCCAGAAACUCUUUACUAAAGCAAGGGGCAAACCAAGCGAAGUAAAACAAUGGCUGCAAUAUUUAAUUGAGACCUUUCCCAAUUCAACAAAACUAGGCGGUUGGUAUCAUUUAUUGAUAUGGAUAAAUAUGCGACAUCUGGAUCGUAUGUUUUACCGGACAAGCGCUGAGUUUUUAAUUGAAGCUCUUGAUAAAAAGAAACCCUUAUUUCUCGAGAAAGAUGUUUUUAAAUUGGAAGAGUUGGGGCGCAAGUUGUUGAAACCGACAACAAAAUAUCAGUUGCACCAACUACAUCACGACACGUUGGUUAGAUUGAUUUCAAGAACAUCAAAAAUUUCACAUAUUCCUGGAAAGCAAAUAGAUGCAAAAUGUAUAAGAUCAAAUAAUUCCGGCCGAAAACGCACAUAUUUUUUAAGGUCUGAUGGAGAAACAACCGCGGUUAGUGUAGAAGACGUUGCUCUAGAGCAUUAUAAAGAUUGCGGCUAUCCUGCUGGAUCGCAUUGUGAAGGCUCAUUAAUUAAAGCCUUAUUAAUACUUUACUUCUGGGAUAUUAUUUACAAUCCAGAAAUUGUGGUGCGAGGAAGUUUUAUCAGUAAAUGGCAGUCUGCACCUUUGGAUUUUUUCACUCGCUAUUUUUAUGAGAACCGAAAAGGUGCUAUUGAUAUGCGUCUGAUGCAAAUAGAAACCGUAUUUUCCCAUGAAGAAUUAAUAAACUUCGGAAUCAAUAACUAUCAACAACAUUCGCACAAGUGCUGUUCAGUUAUAUUCAAGAGAGUCGACGGAAGGGUAAUGGAUAUCAUUAAAGACGUCAGCCUUGUGGAAAUUCUGAUAACAGUAAUUGGCAGAAAGGUACUCAGUAAAAUUUUUGAAAGAUUAAUUAAGAACUUAUAUCAGUUCUUCAGUGGAAUGCCUGAUCUAUUAAUUUGGAAUAUUGACCAAAAAAUUCACAAGUUUGUUGAAGUGAAAGGCGAAGGUGAUAAACUCGCCCCAAACCAAACGCUAUGGCUUUUAUAUUUGCACGAAAUAGGCGCAUCCGUCGAAGUGUGUUGGGUUCAUUCAAUGGGGUCCAAACGAAAGAUAAUACAAAGAGGGAAUCAAAAUGAAGGCGAUGUGUCGGACAAUGAUAGUGAUUAAUAAAAUAUUAAAGUAUAAAUA